AUGGGUACCUACAGUCCAAAGACGGAGACUUCAAGCACAAGCAACCCUUUGUUGCCUCUCAAAAAACGCAAGAGACCUUUUGAUGACGCAACAGACAAUGUCCUAGUUGAUUCCACGAAAAAGGUUGCACUUUUAGGCAAUUCAAAAUACAAGGGUGUGGUUCAACAUCAAAACGGUCACUGGGGCGCUCAGAUAUACAUAAAGCACAAGAGGAUUUGGCUAGGAACUUUUAAAUCCUCUGUUGAAGCUGCUACAGCUUACGAUAGCGCAUCCAUCAAACUCCGAAGCUUUGAUGAUAAUUCUCAUAGGAACUUCCCUUUGAAUGCUUUCACGGUUUACGAGCCGAACUUUCAAAAAGGUUACACAACGGAAGCUGUGUUGGACAUGAUCAAAGACGGUUCUUACCAACGUAAGUUUGGAGAUUUUCUUAGACAGAAUGUCACUAGUAUUAACAUCUUUGGAUCAAAACAAGUCCAAGGAGGAAGAGAAGAUCAAGAAUCAGACAAGUGUUUAGAGCUUUUUCGGAAGGGAUUUAUUGGAUUAUAUGAUUGUUGGUUUAUUCUGGUACAUUAG